GUUGUGUAAGUACCCAUACGUUUAUGCAUGUUAGAUGAAUGUUUGGUUUUUUUAUACUGAGUUUUCCUUACUGCAAAGAUUAAAAUCGAGCUGUACCAGAUGAAACUAAAAAACAGGUUGCUAUUUUACAAUGUACAAUAAUUACAUGUGUGUUACAGGUCGCAAAUAUGGCAGGAAGCUAUGAGAAUGAAAUAUAGACCACUAUGUGGCCAUGUUAGAAUCUGCAAUGAGCAUUUCACAAAAGAUAGAUUUGUGCCGUGUACCUCAGUUUUACGUUUGAAAGCUGAUGCAGUGCCCACAAUUCUGGAAGUCCAGAAGGACCAUGUUAUGAAGGGACUGGACCAGAUAGCAAAUAAAAAAGUAAACAUUAUAUCCCAAUAUAUAAUAAAGCCAGAACCACAGACUCUUUUGGAUACCAAAUCAUUAAGUAAUGCAAACAGUGAAGUUACUGAACAUGAGGAAACAAAUUCCUCGCAGUCACCAUCCCAACGGGCUGUCACACCAAUUUCAAGUACAGUUAGAUGUAGAAGGACUCUUUUUAAGGACGUUGAAGGCUUGUGUUCAACACAGAUAACACCAAGAAAGCAAAAGUUGAUGGUUAUUGUGAAGAGGAAGCAGGGUCGCUUGCGAUAGAUGCAGUUACAUCUUGAGCUCAGAUGACACUGAGCCAUGUAAUCAAUUUAUUUCCAGUAAGGAAUUCUCAAAUUCUAAGAAUAAAUUGUUUUAUCGUUCUAAACAGUUUGUUAUUGCGGUUGGUAUUGGUAUUACAGUUUUAGAGAAUAAGCUACCGAUUAUUUGUGAAAAGAAUAACCUACAAGAUGUAGCAACAAAUUUGCUUAACCAAGAAAUUGAUUUCUCAUUUAUUACUUGUGAGGAACAUUUUUAUUUUUUGAAAGAUUUUUUACUUAAAAGUAUAUGUAGAAUCGGAAUCCCAUGGUACUGUACAAGACUUGUCCGAAAUUUAAGAUCUGAAGCCAGCCAGCAAAUGUCAGCACGCACAAAAAGAAAAAUUUUGCAUAAAUAAUAUCAAUACCAUUAAAUGUCUACUUCUUGGACAAUUCAUACACCUACAGUACCAUCAAAUUCUGAUUCAUUGGGUCCACAUUUACAAACAACUUUGUCCUCUUGCAUAACGUUUUGUUUCAGUUUUCUUGGAAUCCCUAUGAUCUAAUGUUACUAGUUCUCAUUCAGUCUGUGUUUGUUAUGAAAAGAUGUGGCAUAGCAUUAUUAUUAUUGUGAAUCUUUGUUGUACUUAUGAAAAUACAAUUUGACAAAGCUCAA